AUGACGAACAACACCAACAAAGCAGCAACCGCAUUGAAUUCAAAGGCCAUCAGAUUAGCUACACCGAGACCCGUCGAAGCGUCUCUCCUCAUGCUUCAACCCGUCGAAGCGUCUCUCCUCAUGCUUCAAGUCCAACUCAAACUUCCAGCCAAAAACAGCGACCAACAAGAUCUCUAA